UCCAAACAAAUCUGCACAAGGCAGAGGCUGGAAAAGAGGAAUUUUUCAAAAGACAGAAUCUUGCAGCGUGGGCAGAUCAGGUAGCAGUAAUUGUUAAGUGAAAGACAAAACGAGGAAGAAGUUACAGAAAAAGAAGCAUAGUGCAUUAAGAAAAGGAAGAUUGCAGAAAGAGGUAUCUUCUGCUGGCAUAGAAGUGGUUUCUGUGGUUUCUACUGCCCAGUCUGCUGUGGUCGCGACCGGCAGAUUGCAGGAACGUGUCGACAGCAGUGAUAAAACCAUGAGGACUAAAGAUCAGGUUCCUGAAGAGAACACCAGACCCUUAAACCCCCCACCACAACAAGCGGCUCAGCCCGGAAAACACAGAAAACCCAUGACGACUCCAAAGACUCAGAAGGAGAAAAGGCCAAACAAGAAAAAGAUCAUCAUUACUGUCCUGAUAGUGGUGAUCGUACUGGCCAUUGUAGCUGUGGCUGCUUUCUUCAUCAAGCAGUUGAUCGAGAGCAAGUAUUAUUUUUGCUCCAAGUCGGUGAAGUUCAUUCCGCUAGAGAAGGCCUGCGAUGGGAAGGAGGACUGCAGUGGAGCGGAGGACGAGUCAGCCUGCGUCACAAAGUUUGGAGCCAACUCUACCUUCCCCCUACGGCUGAUCUCAACCCGUAAUGUGCUGCAGAUAUUCAGGCCUGAUGAGAAUAAAUGGAAAAGUGUAUGUGCAGACAGUUUCACCCAACAACAUGCUGAAACAGUAUGCAAACAGCUGGGUCACUCAGAUAAACCCACUUUCAGCACAGUUCAAGUGGGUGUUUUGCCAUCUGAUCUGAAGAUGUCUUUCUGUAUGGUGGGCUCAUCUAAACCCCAGACCUUCCAGUUGACCGUAUCAGAUCUUAAGUUAUGCAGUCAGGGAGCAGUUGUCACGUUAACAUGCUCAGAAGAGUGUGGGUCAUCCAGAAACCAGGACCGGAUUGUAGGCGGACAGGACGCUGUCAUUGAGAACUGGCCGUGGCAGGUCAGCCUGCAGAACAGCGGCCAGCACACCUGUGGAGGAUCACUGGUGUCUCCAAACUGGGUGGUGACUGCGGCCCACUGCUUCAACGGGGAGGGUAGGAAGGCUCUGAUCAGAUGGAAGGUGGUCUCUGGAAACACGUAUCUGGGCUCUGCUGGAGCUUCUUCUGUGGACAAGGUCAUUGUCCACAGAGAAUACAGUUCAGGACGCAAUGACUACGACAUUGCCAUGAUACGACUCCAGUCUCCCAUCACUGUGGGAGAAUCCCGUAGGCCAGUAUGUCUGCCACCUCAUGAUCUUGGCCUCAAAGAUGGAGACAGCUUAGUUGUGACCGGCUGGGGCCAUCUGACAGAAAAAGGAAAUCUGUCUCCAAAGUUACAGAAGGCUCAGAUCCCUCUGAUAGACAGAGCCCAGUGCUCGAGUCACGCAGUGUACGGCUCUUCUGUCACUCCCAGGAUGAUCUGUGCAGGUUAUCUGACAGGAAGAGUGGACGCGUGCCAGGGUGAUAGCGGCGGUCCUUUGGUGUAUUCAUUUGGCCGCUGGAUGUUGGUGGGUGUUGUGAGCUGGGGUGUGGGUUGUGCCAGAGAAAAUCGUCCUGGUGUUUACACCAACAUGGACCAGAUGCUCGACUGGGUCCAUUCGGUCAUGCAGGAGUACCAGUGAGUCUGGGAUGGAGAGAAAAACCGCAAACCCACAGCACAGAUUCACAAAGAUCUUCAGUCCUCACAAAGAAGAUAUCCUAUUGAAGCUAUAAUGAUUUACAUGGAUUUGUGGAGGAAUCGCUGUGGGCGUUUUGCUCAGGGUCUUAAAGGUGCCAUGAUACAGAUUUUGCACACUGAAAUAUAUCAUGUAUGUAUAUAACACCUAUGCUAUCUUUUGUGGAUCUACCACUUUUUUGGGGGACACAGCAAUGCAAACUUAAAGGAACAGUUCACCAAAAAGUCUGUCAUUAUUUACUCAUCCUCAUUGCUCCAAGGCAGUACGACUUUCUUUUCUCUGUGGAAAAUAAAAGAAGAUGUUUAGAAGCAUGUUCAUGCUGCUCUCCUCCAAAGAACAAAAGUGGACUGGGAACAGAACUCUUAGAAAUAAAGGUUCCAAAUGGGGGUUUUCACAGUUAUGCCAUAGAAUAAUAAUUUUUGGUUACCUAA